UUGCAGGCACUUUUGCUUCAAAUCAACCUCAGACUUUGUUUUGGAGCGUAAGUGGGGCUCUGAAAUGCAGCAAAUAUUCCCCGGCACUUUGAGUCCUGCCUCUGCUUUCCCGAGGACUUGGGAAAUGCUAUUUUUACCCUCGCCUGCCGAAUUUGCGCUGUAUUUUAAGUAGCCUCGUGUGGACGUCUCUCGCUCGAGCCCUGGAGCCUCGUGUCAAGAUCAUCCGUGCACGAGUCAUUGGAGGAGCUUUAAUGCAAAGGCUGAGAGCGCUGGCAGCCGUCCUCCUCCCGAAAUAUCCGUGGGGCUGUGCCAGCCCCCACCCCCGCUAACCCCAACCCACUCUCCGCAGGGCUCCGUGGAUUGCCCCAACCUGGAGUUCGAGUACAGGGAUGCCGACGGCCACGGCGCCGAGUUAGCAGAGCUGUACAGCUACACCGAGGAGCCCGAGCUCAGCACCAACAGGAGAUGCUUUGAGGAGGAUUUUCACACUCAAGUGCAGGGCAGGAGGUGGCUGGAGCUGGACGGGGCUCAGCAGAAGGCCUACGUCAUGCGCCUGCUGGAUGGGCUUGAGGUGGUCAACAGGGACAAGCGGCUCAAAGUAGCACGGGCCAUCCUCUACCUGGCACAGGGUGUCUUCGGAGACUGCGAUAACGAAGGCGACAUCCUGCACUGGUCUCGGCACAACAGCUUCCUCCUGUACCGGCUGGGAACCUUCACCGCCUUCCUGGAGCUCCUCAACAUGGAGAUUGACAACAGCCAGGCCUGCAGCAGCGCCCUGCGGAAGCCGGCCAUCUCGCUGGCCGACAGCACCGAGCUCAGGGUGCUGCUCAGUGUCAUGUACCUGAUGGUGGAGAACAUCCGUGUGGAGCAGGAAACGGAUCCCCCUGAGUGGAAGACCUGCCGGGAGACCUUCAGGAUGGAGCUGAGUUUCCCCAUGCACACUGAAGAGCCAUUUGCUCUUCUGCUCUUCACAAUGGUGACCAAGUUCUGCAGUGGCCACGCUCCACACUUCCCUAUGAAGAAGGUUCUGCUCCUGCUCUGGAAGGUGCUUCUGGUGGGUGAAAAUCCUUCCUUUUUCCAGCAACCGGUCAUUUUGGGAAUCAAUGCUGAUGCAGCCUGGAUGUUCCCCACUAUAUGA